UUUUUUUGGUUGCUCCUAACGUAUUUAUCUGUCUGGCAUCUCUUUCACAUGAACAAAUAAUACACUACCAAGCUGUCUAUUUACAUAAGCAUGUUCUGCUAAAAAGACACUGGAUCCAUCGAAUCAAAGAAAGGGAAUGUUUACACAUCAAGUAGCUUGAUCCAAUAAAAAUACACGAUUACUUUACGUGAGAAGAAGGAACAAGUGACUCGCUUUGUAUUUGUCAUAAAAGGGCGGCCAUUGAAAGGAUUUCCCAAUCAACAAGCAAGUGUUUCUCUUCCCUUUUUUUUUCCUUAUCUAAACACAAAACAUGAAUACCAAUUUAGCAGACAUUGUUGAAAAGAUUGCAAGUCAAGGAAAGAAUCCUGAUGUCUCCUUUUUAAAAGAUAAUCCAGAAGCUCAAACAAUGCUUCUUUUAGCCCUUUUAUCUAGCUCCAAUACUACUAACAAUAAUGAUAAGACCAAUAAUCAGCAAACCAACAAUAAUAAUCUCCCUACGCCAGUUACUUCUCCUACAUCAGAAAAUACUGAAAAAAGAAAGUUUGAUACACUUGUAAAUAUAUCUCCUUCUCCUUCUUCUAGCCCUACAAGCUUAUCCAAUAGUUCUAAACCAAAGCGAGUAGGUAGAAAACUAGUGACAAGUGAAGAAGAAGAUUCUGAUAACCCUAAAUCUAAAAGAAAAGCACAAAACCGAGCUGCACAAAGAGCUUUCAGAGAAAGAAAAGAAAAUCAUGUUCGAGUGUUGGAAGAAAGAGUCAAGGAUCUUGAAAAACAGCUUGAUUUACAAAACAAUACAUCUUUAGUUGUAGAAAACGAGCAACUGAAGAAUAUUGUGAAGCGUCUAAAAGAUGAGAAUGCUCGACUUUUGGGCCACACAGCCUCUUUUGACCUUCCACUAUCAAGCCAGACACAAGAUGGCGCAAGGCCGCAGAAAAUUGUUCGAUCUUCUUUUUCAUCCAAUAAUAAUUCGGAUGCAUCACCUGUGUCUCAUUUCGAUAGUCUAAGUAGCAAUUAUUCUACUAGUUCUAGAUCAAAUACACCACCUCCUUCUAGGCAACUUACCAUUGAUGAUAUUCUCGGUGUAGAUCAAUCUAGUCUGCCUUCCAAUGCCUUGAUUGAUCACUCUGAACUCUUGGGCUUAUCUGGUGAUCAACUCAAGAGUAGUGAUUAUAGUACUCAAUUGGACGACAUUCUCAAUCAACACAGAUUUCCUUUUACCACAGAUCCUUCUCAGUUUGAUUUCUUCUAUCCACUUCAUACUCAAGAUGCAUUGGAACCCACACCAGAAAAGAAGAACAUAGCUCAAACUUGGGACAAAAUCUCUGAACAUCCUCGCUUUGGUGAAUUUGACAUGGAUUCACUUUGUGAUGAAAUGAAAAAGAAGGCUACUUGUGAAGAAUACGAUCAUGAUAAAGAAUUGGAGAAAUUAGUGAAUGAAAUUUAUCCUGUUGAAUAAAGUAAAAGUAGAAAUACAUUUAUGAACUCAUCAAUGAAAUUCCCAUAAAGAUACAGGCAAGCGAUACAUAAGGACUCAGUCGUUCGCCUACUCGAGCUGCCUUCCAAAAUAAACCAAGCACACUAAAAGAAAAAAAAAAUUCAGCAAAAGUUGAAAUGUGUUUCAACUUACCCAGUCUUGUUCUUGUUCAACAAAGAAGGUGCUUGAGCUUUUACAUAUGUACAAGUGCAGAUCAAGAGUAAAAUAACAAGAAGUAACGAUUGAAAGUUGAAGAUGGCAGACAUUGUGUUGUAUACGCGUAGAAUA